AAGCCUACGUAAAGUUAAGUAAUAAUUGACCAUCUUAGUCGUCCUUUUCGCCAUGUAGACCCAACCGUUAUAGUUAUUAGUUUAUUAUCUAGAUCUAUAAGUCCUACCUAGAUCUAGCUCUUACACAUACAAAUUCGAAUACUUAUGGUCUAACUAAUCAACUGUUUCGUUUCACCUUUGGAAAAUGAGUGGCAUGUCACUAGCCUCGAAGUUACACAGAGAUCACAGCAUCAUAGUUCAAGUCGUCAACUGUUGCACCCAUGACAUCUCCAAAGAUGUUAAUUAUGAAAUUAUUAAACACCACAUAAAUCUAGGGAACUUAUUUUCAUCAAUGGCCCUUGAAAAAAUUGAGUGUGGACAGGGAUCCUAUGAUAAAAUGACCAGAGUUUGUGAAAAUGUCAAACGUCUCUCCUUGGACGGUUUUAGAAAGUUUGUUGGUGCUGUUGCAGAAGUAAAUCAGAAUACUGCGGAAAACAUAAAGGCACAAUACUCAAGAAUAGCUAAGGAGCCUCUGAUGCCAACCAAUGAGCAUUCUUUAAAUGAAACUCAACCAGUUCUGUGUUCAUACAAUGAACCACCUGCUGUAUCCUCACAUUCAAAUGCAGCUUCUUCAGUUACACCACACUCAUCUUUCUCUCAGAUAAAUCAGCAUUCCGUUGCAGGAUUCAAUCAAGUGGAAUCAAGGUACCCAAUGUCCACAGUCCCACGUGGUUUUACUCUUAUUAUUAAUAAUAAGAAUUUUAAAAAUCCUGCUGAUGAAAGAAUUGGAAGUGAUGAAGAUGCUGAAAGAAUGCGAGACAUGUUUAUUUUUCUGGGACAUAACGUAACAAUGGAAAAGAACUUAACAGCAAAGCAAAUGCGACAAAAGUUAACAGACUUUGCUAAACAUAAAGCGCUUCAUUCAGCUAGUGCUCUUGCUGUUGUUAUAUUGUCACAUGGUAUGGAAAAUGAUACUCUUUAUGGUGUAGACUGGCAAUACAUUUCAAAAUUUGAGAUACAACAAAUAUUCAAAAUUGGAAACUGUAGACAAAUGAAGGGUAAACCCAAGCUAUUUAUAUUUCAAGCUUGCAGGGGAGUUUUUGAAGAUAAAUUAACACAAAACAGCAGUCAGCAACUUAGCAAUGACAGUCCCAGCAGUCAUGUUGUUUCCAACAGACAAGAUGGAGCAGCCGCUGCUUUGAAUCUUGAUCGUACAGCAGAAACAGCUGACAUGUGCUUUGUUCAUUCUUCUUCCCUAGGCUACAAAGCUUACAGAAGACAAAUAGGGAGCCCUUUUAUUGAGGUACUUACAAAAUGUGUAAAGGAACUUGCUCGAGACACUGAAUUCUUGGACAUUAUGCGACAGGUACAGUGUGAACUAAGCAGCAUUACACUUGGGGAUGAUGUGAUGACACUACCAGAUUUGACAACUCAGUUACUUAAAAAAUUAUACUUAAAUCCCCCUUUAUGAGCUACUACUUAGUAGUUGUGUUGGCUAUAGUAUUGAAAUAUAAACAGAACAUCCUUGUCAUUGAAAUUUUGAAAACAACUUACAUUAUUAAACUAAUAAUUUUUAAAAAAUAUUUAAAAGUAGAAUUCUUAGUUAAAUUAGGUAUAAAAAAGAUAAUGUAACAUUUUAAAGCUUGAAUACUUUUUAAAUGUUUAAGUAAAGGUUUAUAGAUAAUGUAACAUUCUUAAGCUUAGAAUAAUUUUAAUGUGUAAUAAAUCCGUCCAAAAAUGCUGACCAAAUUAUCCCGAUAUAUAUUGAGUUUUCAGAAACAGGUGAACUUCACACUACCCCAUAGGCUGUCAGGUUCAAAAAGUAACUUUACGUAUAAACAUAUAUAAAAAAUAUAAACACUUGACAUUUUAAAAGCCUUCAAUUAUGAUAUCAUGAUCAAGUAUUUUAAAAAUACAUAUUAUUAGUGAAUAUUUUAAAAUAAACUAUCACAUGAAUUUAUGAUUUAUUUUAACAUUAUUUUUUAUUUUUCAUUUUUUAGAUAAGUAUUCAAGGUUAUAUGUUAAAGAAAGACAUUGUGAUACCAUGUUAUUAUAAUUUAAAAAUUAUUACAAUUAUGUGAUAUUUUUUUUUUUGUAUUUUGUUUAUUAUUUGUAUAUACUUAUCUCUAUUUUGAAUAUCUCUAGUUUACAAACUAGGAUUUUUUGUACAUAAUCCCAUAUUGAAUUUUAUUAAAUGCAUCAACCUUUAAAUGGAUCUAAAAAUAUAUUAGUAAGCUUACAAGUGAAAGAUAUUGCUAAAAAUUCAUGUUCAGUAAAAUAUUGAAAAAACUAAACAUUCAUUGCUUUGCUCCUUAUGUAAUAUUUGCAUAACUGUUGGGUUUUGUGUCUUUUUAAAAGUAUAAUUUUUAAAAAUAUUCUGUGGCUACUGAAAGUGUCCCAUAACGUCUCUGACAAGGUGACCAGAAACAUGUGCAACUGAAAAAAGUGCAAAAAAACGCGCAUUUUCUGUGUGCGCAU